AUGGUUCAGGAAGCGCUUCGGGUAGCAGCAAAGGCUGUCGUUCUUGACUUACAGCCUGAGAUGAAGAUAAUGAAGGAAAUCAAGCUGAAAGGAACUCCUCUAAAAAUCAAGCAGAGGAAGUCUCUUAUCAAGUUUGAACCAGAAGAUGUUGAUGUUGUUGAAUUUAUAGGUUCACCUAUUUGGACUCAGAGUGGAAAUCGGGGGCAUGUUAACGAGGCGGCAAAGAGAGACGGGAUUGCUAAAUGCACGUUUAAGAGGAAAAUGCGUAUGAGUGACAUUGUUUUCAUGCGUGUGUUGCAUGAACCCCGCUGA